AGAAACUUUCAGGGAAAGCCUUCACCUCCACAAAUUUUCUUUUUUCUGUCCCCAAGAAACUUCAACUUCAAUUUUCUCUUACCAAAUUUCAGUUAGUUAAAAUCCAUUUUUCUCUUUGUUACUCUUUUUCCACAAAACACACCCUUCUCAAUUUCUAAGGCUCCUCCUCCUAGAUAUGUAUUUUGCCAUAUCCUUAAUAUCUCGGAUUUCUUUUGGUUGGAGUUGGAGGUGCUUUUUCCUUGGUUUGUAGUUGUUUUUUAUUUGAUACUUGUUUCUAAAUUAGUGAACUGUAUGUGAUUUUCAGUGAUUUUUUUCUAAAAAAAAAAAGAUAUUUUUUUUGAACCAUUUCCAAGUGAUUAUUAAUUUUGAGGGUAGGUCUUUGUGUGAGGAUCAAUUGGUGUAGUUCUCCAUUUCUUGAUGGCAAUUUUGUUUUAUGGGUUUUUUGAGUUUAGAGGUUAUGCUUGGUGGAUUCUGUAUUUGAUCACCAACCCUCUUACUACCAUAGAGGUUCUGUCUAAGAGUUCUCUCAAAUUAUGCAGCCAUAACUCUUAUUCCUUUGAGGACUAAGAAGUGUAAUCUUGAAUUUUCCGAGCUCCUUUUACUUUUCUUGUGUAAAGGUUAAGCUCUUGCUACCACUAGUUCUUUGUUGAACCCACCAAUUCUUUCUUUCUUUAUGUGCACAAUGAAUUCUGGAUUGGGGUCAAUGUAGUCCUGUUCAGUUGUGGAGGGUGCAUUCUGGUCUAGAUUUCUUCUUGCUUGUUCAUCUUUUUGCGGGUAUGGAGGAACAUAAAUCUGUUAUCACUACCUGUGAAGAAGAUCAACACAUGGUUGCUGCGGCUCAGCACAUUUUAAAGGCACUAGCAGCAAGUAAGAACGUUUCUGAUGACUUGAGAAAAACUGUCUUGGAUCUUGAGAUCCAGUUAUCUGCAAUGUCCAUAGUUAAUGAAAGAAAUGGGAGGGGUAUCAAGCAAUUAGAGAGGGAGCUUAAAAUUGCUGAAGACAAAGUAAUGAGUUGGGAGACAAAUCAUACCAUGACAUGGGACUCUAGUCCCAGUGAGUUUUCUGAGUAUUUAAAAGUUGUUGGUGAAAUCCAAACACUGAUUCAAAGUUUGCAAAACUUUUCCGUGAAUGAAAGUUGGAAGCAGAAGGAACUUCUUCAGCUAGCUACUGGAAUUCUGCAGAUUGCUAUGUCAAGGCUUGAGGAAGAGUUAAUUCACAUUCUUGUUCAGCAUAAACAAUACUUUGAGCCAGAAUACAUGUCUUGCCAUUCUAAUAGAGAGAAUAUGGUGUAUGAUGAAUCAUUUGGUUCAGUUGAGGAUAAACAAAUGGAUGAGGCAUCUCAGAGUAGUGGUGGUAACCAAUCUGAGACUAGCACUGUUGAUUUGGUGCAUCCAGCAAUACUUGAAGAUCUCAAGAGCAUUGCAAAUGUCAUGUUUUCUUCAAAAUACCAUCAGGAAUUCUAUCAGGUCUUCAUUACUUCUAGGAGAGAUGCCUUGGCUGAUUACUUUGUCAUUCUUAAAAUGGAAAACUUGAGCAUUGAGAAUGUGCUGAAAAUGGAGUGGCAUUGCUUGAGCCAUGAGAUAAAGAAAUGGAUUCAUGCUAUCAAGAUCAUUGUUCAUGUUUAUCUUGUCAGUGAGAAACGAUUAUGUAAGCAGAUUCUGGGAGACUUUGGACCUGUUUAUCAGUUUUGCUUUUCUGAAAUAUCUCAGAGUUUUGUGUUGCACCUUUUGAAUUUUGGUGAGGCCAUAGCAAUGGGCACAUAUACACCAGAAAAACUGUUUUGUUUACUUGACAUGUAUGAGGUUUUGGAGCAUCUUGCUGUGGAUGUAGAUUUUUUGUUCUUUGAAGAAGUUGGUUCCUUUGUUAGGGGAGAGUUUCACAAGCUUCUAAGGAAGUUUGGUGAUACUAUAAAGUCCACAUUUCAGACAUUCAGAAAUGCUAUUGCAACUAAUCCAUCAAAACCCCGUUUACCUGGAGGGGGUGUUCACCAUCUUACCAAGUAUGUCAUGAAUUAUAUCAAAGCACUUGCUGAAUAUGGUGACACCCUUAAUCUUAUUUUUGUAGAUCAAAGUUCAAUUGAUCAAGUACUCAAUAAUCAUGAUAACUCAGCUCUCUCAUUUUGUCCAAUGGCUUGCCACUUUUUGUCAAUCACUACCACACUAGAAUCCAACUUGAGCAACAAAUCCAAAUUAUACAAAGAUGUGGCUUUGCAACAUAUUUUCAUGAUGAACAACAUUCAUUACAUGGUGCAAAAGGUUAAGUGCUCUAACCUAAGCCAUUUCUUGGGAGAUUACUGGCUUCGCCAGCAUGUUGGGAAGUUUCAGCAUGAUGCUAGAAGUUAUGAGAGGCUCACUUGGGGUUCAGUCAUUUCUAUGCUUAAGGAGGGUAGUGGCUCAAAUUGUAUUUCAGAGAGAACACUAAAGAAAAGGUGCAAAGAUUUCAACACUGCCUUUGGUGAAGUAUAUAGGAAACAAACAGGAUGGUUGAUACCAGACCCUGAACUUCGUGAAGAUCUACAAAUUUCAGUUUCUCAGAAGGUAGUUCCUGCUUACCGCACAUACACUGGGAGAUACUCAUCUGACAUUGCUGAAAAGUGGAUCUGCACUGUAGAUGAUCUACAAAGUUACAUUUUGGACCUUUUUCAAGGUUCACCAAAAUCUUUGCACUUUCCUCAUCAUUAAAACUGAGGAGUUUGAGUUUCACUUUUAUGAUUUUUACUGAAAUUUGUAUAUAUUGUUUGUCAUUAGCAAAUUACUCCACAGUCUUAGUUUAGCAGUAGGAGGCCAUUAUACUAGUUCUCCAGUAGCAGCAAAUAAAUGUGUAUGGCCUUUACCUGUUGGUCAAUGUUGGAUGAAA